AUGGAGAAAGCUUUAGAGAAGAAGAAGAAAGUAUCAGAGAAGAAAAAGAAGAAAGCAGACAAAGCAAUGAAGAAAGCAUCAGAGAAGAAGAAGAAGAAGAAAACCUCGGAUCAACACACAGUAAAGUCAUUGUGGCAGAAAAUAUUGAUAAUAUUUUUUGCAUCAAGCCUCAUCUCGAUCAUCAUAUUGAGAGUCCCAAAAUCAUUGGGAGUUGCAAUGGAUUGCUAUGCAUGCAUAUGGCUUACAUCCCGUCUAUCAUAUGUAAUAUUCAAUUUCUAUACAAGGGAGUCCAAGCAAAUAUCAUAUUGCAAGCUACGUCCUUUUUGCCCUUCCUCAUCCUCCUCCAUAUGUGGAUUUGGAUAUGACAGUUUGUCUAAUGAUUAUAAACUGGUGAAAUUAGGUAGACAGAGCAUCUAUAUAUAUUCACUAAGAGCUGGUUCUUGGAAAAAAGUUCAAGACUAUGUUAAAAACAGUUUUUCUGUUGAAUACAAUUGUUUUCCCACUCGUGGGAUGCUGCUUAAUGGAGCCCUUCAUUGGUUUUGUUUGGAUAUAAAUUCAAAUAGGAAAUCAAAGAUUGCUGCUUUUGAUUUGGUGGGUGAGAAAGUCACAGAAAUUCCAUUGCCUAGUUUCUUCACCAAUGUUCAUAAAACAUGCGGAAUGGGGGUAUUUGGAGGAUGUCUUUGUGUAAAAGUACCGGAUAUUGAUGAAUUUUGGGUAAUGAAGGAAUACAGAGUGGAGCAGUCUUGGACUAAAGUUCAUGUGGAAUUCCCGAAUUCACUAUAUGCAAAGCCAUUGGAUUUGUUAAAUAAUGAUGAGAUUCUUAUGAGGACGUUGGGCUUCAAUUUAGGUUUAUACAACACAAGUGAGAGAUCAUAUAGGGAUCUUGUACUUCAUGGCUUCUCCGAUAUCACCUGCCAAUUCUUUUUGCUAAUUCCAAGGAUGAUUUGUCAUUUUAGUUUCAAAUAUUUAUAA